CGCGUGGAAUCUAUCGGAUGUGUUCCGGAGUGACGAGGAUAUAAGGCCUGGUACUUUUUUUUCUCCUCUCCGUUUGUCUUGGUGACUGGAAUUGAGGAACGGGGUCUAGCAGUUGGAUUUUGCUUCUUAUGCUGAGAGGUUGCGUCGGGACGUGAUUUACAGAUACCCCUACGAGAUUACCUAGGCGUCAAUCGUUGGCUCGGUUGCCGUCCUCUCCGCCGAGUGUUUUGAGGAUGCCAUUUAUUUCGUCGCCGGGUGCGGGUGCUGCUCCUGCCGGCGCUGCGGGCGCAGGUGAGGGUGUGGCGUUGGUCGAGACGCUUAAGCGGAAGAAUGAGGAUGGUGGGGAGGGGCCUGCUGCUGCUGAUUCUUCUGCUGCUGCUGGUGGGGUGAAGAGGCCGAAGAUCAUGGGUGGGUUCUUGGACGAGGAGGAUGAGGAGGAGGAGGAGGAGGAGGAUGAAGACGGCAUGGAGGCCUUUCGGGAUGCGGAGAUUGGUGGUGGGGGCGGGGAUGCGUUGGGGGAGUGGGCGACUCUGUCGCAGCCGUCGUCGCUGGCCUUGCGCUCGGGAACGCAGACACAAACGCAGCCUGCCUCCUCUGCCGGGCCAAAGAGGCCGAAAGUCAUGGGUGGGUUUCUGGACGACGACGAUGAGGAUAACGAUAUGGAUGGAUUGGAGGCGCUUCAGGAUGCGCAAUUCAAAAGUCAGUUCAUGAUGGAGGAGCAAAUCAUUGCGCAGCCGCUUGUCGAACUUCCUGCGAUUCCCAAGCCGCCGCCGCCAAUUGCCCCAGAGCCUAGUCAUUCAAUGCCCACGACGACGGCUCUACCAUCGCGAAGACCAAUGCGGUCGAUUCAGAUCAAGACCUGCUCCGGCAAAAUGCAUCAUGUUGCGCUAAAGAAGCCGGCAAGUAGGGUGUCGUACGAGAAAUUGGUGGCCGGUCGUUCGACUCAUGCCCCUGGUCGAGCUCAGAAAGCCUACUAUGGUAUUGAAAUCCACCGACUUCUGGAUGAGGCGGCGAAAGAGGACAGUGCUGCCGAUGAAGCGAGAUCGCGGCCUACCCAUUCGGUACAGCAGUCAAUUGAGCCUCCGCUGCAUGCUGACCACAGCCAGGCUGCCAGUAAACAUGCCAAGGCGAUGUGGACGGAGAAGUACCGCGCACGCAAAUUCACAGAGCUUAUCGGUGAUGAACGCACCCACCGGCACGUUCUACGGUGGCUGAAAGGUUGGGAACCGAUCGUCUUUCCCAACCUCGUCCGUUCAAAGCCGAAGAAACCAAUGCAGAGCGAUAAAGACGAGGAGGAAUUGGCGCAUCGAAAGGUCUUACUCCUGUGCGGCCCGCCGGGACUGGGUAAGACUACUCUCGCGCACGUAUGCGCUCGCCAGGCGGGCUAUGAGGUGCUUGAGAUCAAUGCCAGUGACGAUCGGAGCCGGGAUGUUGUCAAGGGUCGCAUCAGGGACUCCCUUGGAACAGAGAAUGUCAAAGGGAUGAAUGUCGAGGUCGGGGAGGACAGAGUGCGCAAGGCCGGACGGCCGGUUUGCGUGGUUGUGGAUGAAGUAGACGGUGUCGUGAGCGGGUCCGGUGGUAGUGGUGAAGGUGGUUUCAUGAAGGCCCUGAUUGACUUGGUGAUGCUGGAUCAGAAGAACUCUGCCCGCAAAGCCGAAAAGAAUUCGACUACCGGCAAGAAGAAGAAGGGCGACAACUUCCGCUUCUUGCGUCCUCUCAUUUUGGUGUGUAACGAUGUCUACCACCCUAGUCUACGGCCGCUGCGGACGGCUUCAAUUGCCGAGAUCAUCCACGUGCGCCAAGCGCCGCUGGAGAAUGUCGUUGCGCGCAUGAAGCGAGUGUUCAGCAUCGAAGGCAUCCCCGCGGACAAUGAUGGCGUUCGGCGUCUCUGUGAGGCAUCUUGGGGCAUUGCCCGGAGAAAGCAGAUGGGCGUCAAAAGCAGCGGCACCGCUGAAGGUGAUAUCCGAAGUGUGCUCGUUGCAGCCGAGUGGGUGGCUCAUAAGCUCCGGAGCGAGUCUCCAUCCACGCUGAGGCUGACACGCAGUUGGCUGGAGCAGAAAGUCCUCAGCGACAAAACCGGCGGUGGAUCGUUCUUCAAGGGCCUGAACCGCGGUGGCCUGCGAGACCUCGUGGAGAGGGUGUUCACCGAAGGUGCUGGCUUCGCCGACGCCCCUGUUGGCGCCGAUUCCUUUCGCGACCCCUACGACGAUUCCGCCAAAGUCCCCGUAGGCGUUGCAGACCUGCGCAAGCGCCAUGCCAUCAACCGCCUUCGUGAAAUGGUUGACGCCAGUGGCGAGCAUGACCGCUGCGUGUCCGAGUGCUUCUCCACCUACCCGCUACAAACGUACCAGGAUGAUACCUUCCUCUCCAAACCCAACACGGCCUACGAAUGGCUGCAUUUCCACGAUACCAUCUCCUCCAAGAUCUUCACCCACCAAGACUGGGAAUUGAGCGCCUACCUCAGCCAGUCCGUUGUCGCCUUCCAUCAUCUCUUCGCCUCGACCCAUGGCAAAGCCAAAGCACCCUCCACGAACGCGGACAAGGACGACCCUACUGGCGCGGAAGAAGAGCAUCCGUUCUCCGGACCGCGCGCCGACUUCGCCGCCUACGAAGCCCAGAAGCAGAACCGCGCUCUGCUCACUGAGUUCCAGGCCUCCUUUUCGGCGCCGUUGAGUCGACUCUUCGGCUCCACAGAAUCACUCGUUCUGGACUUGAUUCCCAACCUCAUCAGGAUGCUCUCGCCGGACGUCAAGCCCGUCGUUGUGCGUGGCAGCGGCGAGCAGCGGAGCAUAGCCAGCGUACGCAAGGAGAGCGAGCGGCUGCUCGUCCAGGCCGCCGUGCGCGUCAUGACGGGUCUCGGAGUGCGGUUUGAGAAAGUGCGCGUCGAGGGAGCGGGCGGUGCCCAUAGUGGAUGGGCAUAUCGAAUGGAACCACCCCUAGACACCCUGAUCACCUUCUCCCAAACCAGACCCACCACCUCUUCAUCCUCAACCUCCUCCGCCCCUGUCCGCUACGCCGUCCGCCAAGUCCUCGACCAAGAGUACCGCAAGGAAACCAGCCUCAAGAAAUCUGCCGACGGCCUCAAACACGCCUCUAGUAACAGGACCAGCGGUAGCCAGCAGGCCCACUCGGAUGCUAAAGCCAAGGGCUCCGCUGCCGCAGCCAAUCUGAGAAACGGCGUAGCGGUGAAGCGCGAUUUCUUUGGUCGGAUCAUCGAGGAGAAGCCGCAACCUGCGUCCAGUGGCGGUGGGGAGGAGGUGCAGAAAAGGAAUGCCGCGGCGCAGAGUGAGAUGUCCAAGGCGGGGAGACGGGUGUGGGUAACGUACCAUGAUGGGUUUUCCAAUGCGGUCAGAAAGCCGAUCUCGAUGGCGGAAUUGUUAGCGGAUCUGUAGAUUUGUGCCUGACCAGGGAGGUAUCACGAUGUGGUGUGUAGUUAAUGAUUGCAUGAAGCGUUUCACGUAUAUAGUUCGGAGUCUUUUUGAAAGAUGUAUUGAUGUGCACCUGGAAGAGUAUGCGAAAGGACCAAAGGAUGAGAAUUCAAUACAAAAUACAUUGACCAUUCACAAAGGAAUCAACAGGAAUCUGAUACUCACGCCAAUAAGGGCCGAAUAGAAACAGGCAAAAAAAAAUAAAAUAAAAAGCCAUACCAUAUCCCCAUCGUAAUAUCCGUAAUUGACACUCUCCCACGCAAACUUUUGGGUAGAGUUUCUUUCGUGUCAUGCUACCUGAUGCUCCCUCCAUCCCUCCCCA